AUGGAGGAGCCAGCUGCGAAUCCAGGCAUGGAGCCCUCGCCGAAACGCAAGGCGGAAGAGGGAUUGCAGACACCGCAGAAGCAAGCGAAAAAGUCUGCAGCGCCCACGCGCGUCACGCUCAAGAAUAUGCGGCUGGGGCUGCGCCAAAAGAGUGUCGGGUGGGACCGUACCAUGCCAGUGCUACGAGCUAUGCUUGGAUUUCAAUCGCAUUUGGCAGAGCAUGCGCACGAGCCGCUUUUAGAAGUGCCGGAGGAGCAUCUCGGUGUUAUUGCGAGCUUGACACAGGAAAGCGACAAAAGCGCCGCGGACCUCGCCAAACUGAUCCGUACAACGCUGCUACCAGAAGGACAUGCAGCACAUGCGCUGACCAAUGCAGACGGACAGCCUGUUGAUGUGCUCAGUAUAAGUGUGAUUCAGAAUGCGAUCCAGCGUAUCGCGACAAAAGAAAAUUACGGCUUGGACGCAAGCUCGGAUGAUGCGCCUGUUCCCCCCGGCUUGCAGAUAUGGCGCUGGGAAGUUCAGGAUCUGCACUUGCUACCCAAAGAAAAUUUAGAGAGCCUCUUGGCGCGCCGCGAACAGCGUGUAUUGGCCAAACAGGAUGCACUCGCACUAUUUCACGCUCUUCCGCAAGAUACCCAGCAAGCGCUGCUCGAAGGAAAAAAGCGACCUGGAAAGGCCGAACCAAGUGCAGACCAUGCCGAGGCACUGCCACUGACCCCCCUCAAGCAAGAACCAAAGCCCGCAGAAGAGCCCGUUUCAAAGGAAAAGUCGGAGCGAACCAAGCUUCGCGAGUCCAAAAGAGCAGAGCGCCAGGCGAAAGAGGAAAAGGAGGAAAAAGGCAAGCAGGCGCAAGUGCGGCUGCUCAACUCCUUCUUCCAGCAACCCUCUGUUUCUUCGCCGCGAAAAAAGGACGGCGAUGUGGAAAAGUCCGACUUUGAAAAGACGUUUCUCCCUUGCGAAUACAAAAACAUGGCAAACAUCAAUCGAUUCUACCGCAAGGUAGACGAUCGAUUGAGCGACGCUAUAGACCGCCGGCAAGAUGCACCGCACACGCUCUUGACCGAGCUCAAAGCGCUUGGGAAACACAGGAGAGAGCGCACUUCGCGUCCCCGAGGCGUUCAUCCGCCUGUAUGCGUGCGCGAAAUUGUGAAAGCCGUGACAGAGUCCGACGUGCUCGGCGGCGAUGCAGAGGAGCUCGCAAAACGUGCAUUAGCAAAGCUAAACAACCGCCGUUUGCUCCCUAUAAAAUUACUCCAGUUCCAGUCUGAUCGAAGACCUGGAUGGGUUGGUACAUUUACGCGCUCCUCGACCUUUAUCACACCUCGUAAACCGUUUGGACAGGACCCAGUUGCGUUCGACUACUCGUACGAUAGUGAUGCAGAGUGGGAGGAGGCCGAUGAAGGUGAAAAUGUGGAUGCGAUGGACGAGAAAGAAGAAGAGGAAAGUGCACAAGGGUCCGAAAUGGACGAUUCGGAAAUGGACGACUGGCUCGAGGACGAUUUGGAAGUCGAAGAAGAGAUGGUGCCCGUAGAGCACGACGAAUUGCCCGAGUCUCCAGCACCCCUGCAGACCGCAGUAAGCUCUACUGCCGUCAAUAUACUCGAGCCAAAGAAGAAAAUCAAAUUUUUGGGGCGGCGCUUUGACGCGAAAUUAGUGCCUUACAUUACCGGGCCGCAUUGGGAGCAUACACUGGGCGAACCGGGCCACGAGAGUUUCGCGCAGUAUCACAUUCAGGUACUGAAUGAUGCGUACGUUGGGCUCGACCCAUUCACUUUCACUUCCACCACUGUGACGGUCGAGACUACAAGCGAUGAGAAGCCCGCACAGUCGUCCGCUGGUACCGACACAACGACACCAACGCCGAGCAGUACAAGCCGCGCAAAGUCUAGUUUUCCAGACUUGCAUCUUCCGGAACUCCUUGGCCUCAUUCAAGGGUCAACGCGCCCCAAGCCUGCGCUCUUGGAGGACCUUCGCGAGCACUUUGGGCCUAUAGUCAAGGGUGUAAGCAAGACUGCGAUUGAGUCGCGCCUACAAGAAUGUGCCACAAAAGAAAGUAAAAAGCCAGGAGCCCGGUGGAUCAUCAAGGACGAGUACAAGAUGCGUGCCGCGGCAGGGAAUCAUGCUGAGCAGGAACGGCUACCAAACCCGUUGUCUUGA